AUGAAAAAUGAAAUUGUUCUUAUCUAACAUUCCAAUAAUGUAUCACAUUACAAUUUACAAAAUAAAAAAUAGACUACAAAACUUUUUAUAAAAAAAUAAAAUAUGUAAUUGGAAAUUUAAAAUAGUACAGAUAAAAGACAUAUUAGUGGAAGAAUGACUUGAAAUGAGGUGAUGUACUCUAUAAUACCACUGGGUGCUACGAAAAUUUUAUAUAACAGUGGGGAUAUGUUCAACAGAAGUAUCAUUCUUGGCUCAAGAUGAUAUUAAUCUCAAAGCUAUUUCCACACGGGAUACAUAUAGGUGAAGCACAGUGACCUUUAAACUUGUGUGUCAAGUUCUCAUCAUCCAGUUAGAAAAAUACGAAAAGAUAUGACUGCUAUUGAAAAGGAAUAUAGAAUAGUACCACUUCAUAAAAGACCAGACCUAAUUCCAGACUGUUGUACAUUACUGAAUUCUGAAUGGCCAAGAAGUGAAACUGCACGGUUAAAAUUUCUGAAUGUAUCAUGCGAUGAAUUUCCCAUAUGCCUUAUACUAAUAGACAAAGAGGACAGAGUCCUUGGUCAUUGUAAAAUAUCUUUAAUACCUCGAUUACGUCAUAGUUGUUUUAUACAAUCAGUGAUAAUUGACUACCAGCGUAGAUCUCAGGGUUUAGGAUCUAGACUACUACGUGGAGCUGAGGAACAUGUAGCAAAGAAAGGAAUUAAAAAUGUAUAUUUAAUAACUAAAGGCCAAGAACUUUUUUACCUAAAAAAUGGAUAUAAAACCUGUGAUCCAUUUAAAGCAUCAGGCAUCAAUGAUGUUGUAUAUUCUAGUGCAGCAUUUACUAAAGCAAAGCUUAAAGAAAAAAGUACACAAUAUUGUGGUCCACCACCACCUCCAAUGCCAAACUUUCAGAUGCCAAAGUUCUAUGAUUUAGGUAUCUUAACACAAAGAACACAUAUGGUAAAAAGAUUAUCAUCACAGUAACAGUUUUAUUUUUUUCAAGAUUCUUUUAUAUUCUACAAAUGUAUAUUAUUUAUUUAUUUAUCUAAAAAAUUAUUUUUUUAAUUGCUUUUAAAUACAGAAACACUUCUCAUGCACACAUCCUUAUAUUUUACAAGAAAUUAUAACCAUUCCAAUAGAUAUUUAAAAUCACAAAUAUUUUUCAAUAGCUGCAUACUUUCAAUGUAAUACAUUUUGUACAAAUUAGAAGGUGCCUUUUCAUAUUAUCUAUUUAUUUUUUUAUAUGACUAAAAGCUGAAAAUAUUCUCCAAAAUAUUUUUUAAUUCCGACCACAUUACAAAAUGUACUUUUUGUUAUAUUAUGCAAUGUUAGCAAUACCACAAACUUUUUGAUAAUGUUCUGGUUGUUGAAGACUUUCAAUAAGAAAAUCUCCUAAAUCAUGUAUGGAAAUAGUCCGACCAGGAGACUCAUCAUGUUUUACUACAUAUUUUGAUCUUUGUACAUCUGCAAAUAGACAAAAUAUAUAUACAAAUGAUUGUCUGUAAUUGUGAAAUAUAUAUAAAUAAUUUCUUUAAAAUUACAAAUAAUGACAUACUUGUAAAAUGGGGUGGUAAUAUUGCAAUCCAUUUUAAUUUACUUUCUUUAAGAAGGUCGAACAUUCGCUGGUGAUCUGCAUUUACAUCUUUAAAUAUAUUAGGCACUGCUUCAGG